AUGGCCACCGGUGAGCGCCCAGGAAGUGCAGGGAAAGAUAGCCAGAAGAAGCUCAAGGUGAAGACCAAGACCGUGAACCGGAGUCAGAGCAAUUUAGAAGAGUUGGAUCAAAGCUCCCGCUGUGAGAAGUGCUUGGACUACCUCAUCACCGGUGACUUUGGCGGCUUGUACCGAGGAUGUGUCACCGGCUUCAAGAACUGCUUGUGGAAUCUCUGGGAGCGACAAAAAAACUUCCAGAAAUGGUUCGCCGACAAGCGCAAGGAGCAAGAGGCCAGGGCCAUGGACUUUGAUAUGCCUCACCCCUUUCCUCGAAUCCGAACCAUUGUCAACAGUACGAGCUUUGAAGCCUGGGGAAACUUUGUGAUCUUUUGCAAUACCUUCGUGGUGGGAUGGCAGGCUGAAAAUCUGCUCCCCAAGAACACCACGCCGGAGAAAGAGCAGAUCUCCUUCAUCUUCGAGCAGGUUUUCACCUCUGCCUUUGUCAUCGAGCUCACUUUAUCAACGCUCUGCUGGGGAUGGACGUCUUUGUGUGCCAGAGAGAACUGGCUGGACGUCUUCUUGGUCUUCCUUGGUGUCUUAACGACCUGGGUCUUUGGCUUGUUUGGUCUACAGAUCGAUUUUCUUCGAAAGCUCACGGCCCUUCGAACCUUGCGGCUGGUACGCUUGGCGCGGGCGGUGAGACUGCGACCUGAGUUCUCCGAGAUGUGGUUCUUGAUGAAGGGCCUCAUUGAGUGUGGUGAGACCCUGGUUUGGACCUAUGUGAUGAUCGGCUGUGUGCUCUAUUUCUUCGCCAUCAUUGCCACGGCCAUGAUUGGGAAGGUCGACAUGUUCUUGAGCGACGCAGAUGCCGGCCCCAUCGCCGAGGAGUACUUCAAAGACGUGCCUCAUUCCAUGCUGUCGCUCUUUCAGUUGAUGACCUUGGAUUCCUGGACCGGCUUCGCGAGACCGUUGAUUUGGCCAUCCGAUGGCUCUGCUCAUUGGUGGGUUGCUGGUUUCUUCGUUCUCUUCAUUGCGGUCGGUGUCUUCGUGAUGCUGAAUCUGGUGACCGCCGUCGUGGUGGAAACCGGUUUCUCCGAUUCGAAGAGUGAAGAGAAGGAGUUGGCCAUCCGAAUGGAGCGAGAGAAGGAAGAAGAGCUGGAGGAUCUGAAGCAGUUUUUCCUGCAGAUCGACCUGGAUGGCAGUGGCUCCCUGACGAAGCAGGAGUUCUUCAAGGCCACGAAGCAAAGAAAGAUUCGGAACAAGCUGCGUGCCUUGGACAUCAUGCCCAAAGACAUCGACGAGCUCUGGGAUAUCCUGGACGAUGGGCAGGGCGAACUGGAGGUGGAGGCCUUCCAAUCCGGCAUUCGGAAGCUCCGAGGUGAAGCCAAGUCGAAGGACAUUUUGAAGUUGUCCAAGGAGCUGCGGCAGUUUGAGAUGUCAGUGGAUGAGGUCGAAGGAUUCAUUGAAUCCAGUAAGCACCGCCUGAAGAGCGUCAACCAUCAGCUCACGCGUUGCCGUGGGGACAUCGCCGCUUUCACGCGGACCUUGGUCAGAGCGAAGGAGGCCGUGAAGAUGGCAGCGCAGACGCAAAACAUGAGCGGGUGGCUCUUCGGCUGUUUCUCCGUGACCUGUGACGAAGGCACCGGACAUGUGGAGCAGCGAGGUACGGCUUCUUGUGACGCCGCAAUCUGCCGUCACGUCAUGGCAGUCUUUGUGCGAAGUUGCUGGGUGCAGCUCCGGCGUUUCGACCGCGGAGCCGCCCUUCGAACGAGCAGCGCGACCGCCUGGAAAGAAGUGGAAGGUCUCGACGUGCAAUGCGUGGCCUUCGCCGAGGCUUUGCUGCAACGCCAUGCUGAGCCAGUUGAUUUGGCCGUGUCCAACGCCAGCGCGCCGCGCAAUUCGACGGCGUUCUGUGCGGAACUGCAGCAGCUGCCAGUCUUUCUGCUGAACCUUCCAAGGCGGCCGGAUCGUCUACGCAAGGCUUCAGCCCUCCUCCACACGAAGCUCCGCGUGUCGCGGUCCUGCCGUGUCCAAGCAUUGGACGGCCAAAACCUCACCGCGCCAUUGCCAGAGGCCUUGAUCCAACCACUGGUCCUCCAUGACGCCUUAGAGUACAAGGGACCCACCAUCGGCCAAGGGCGCUUGAGCAAGGGUGCAGUGGCCUGCACCUUGGGGCAUGCAAUGAUGUGGGAGCACAUCUUGCAGCAGGAUUUUCCCUUUGCGCUGAUCAUGGAAGAUGACGUGCAGGCGCUGCAUCCCGGGCUCCCAGAGUUUCUGUGCAAGCUGGCGCAGAGGGCGCUGCGAGGUGACUCCGAGGAGUGGGAGAUUCUGCAGCUGGACUUCGAUCGACGACACCCGCACGGGAAGCGUGCUGCUUUCGAAGAAGGGCUGACAAACCCCUUGAGUUGGACCACUGGAUCAGGACACAGCACCGGCAUGUAUUUGCUGCAGAAGGAUGCUGCAAAGAAGCUGAUUCGCUUGCAGCUGCCCAUAGGACUGGCGUGCACCCGGCAGAUCGAUUCGCCGCGUUGCCCUAUGCGGCGUUCGCUGAAGGCUUACAGGUCGAAUGUGCCUGGAGCCUAUGUCGCUGGAUCAGAUAAGCACGACUCGGACAUCCAGCAAUUUGCGCGGAUCUCCGACGACGACGCGACGAUUCCUGAUUGCCGGCCGCUGAACGCGUCCACCAUGCAGGAGCCGGCGCUCCAUGAGCUGUUCAAGACCUGA